AUGAUUAGCCCAACAAUAGCCAGGAGAGCUUCAAUAGAAAAAGGAAACUAUAACCCUGGCUUUGAACAACUUAGCGGAGACUGAGAAGCCAAGAAAAAAAGACUCAAGCCAAGCUCAGAAAAACUCGAAUCAACCCUUGCAAAGCUUGCAUCAAGCAGAAAAAGCGAUUUUCAGAACAAAUGGUCAUUCCUAAUAUUUACCGUGAACCUAUACAACCUUUUCACAGUUCCUUACUUUUUAGGAAUCAAAGGAUUCCCAUGGUCAGUUUGGCUAGCUUUGGAGAUUAUAUUUGAACUGGCCCUGCUUAUCGAUUUGAUUUCUCGAUUUGUUUUCAGAAAUUCUGAGAUCUGAGCAAGAAUGUGGAUGCUUCAUGAGAAGGAAAUGCUUUUGGUAAAAGUAUCCCUUUGUCUGUCUUCAGUCCCAUACUCCUUUUUGGCGUUACUUUUUGGAAUGAAUUUGCAUGGGUACAUUAUUGCAGCGCUCAGAUCUUUCAAACUUCUGCGACUUUUCCAGCUCUCAACUUUCUUUUCGAGUCAAGAAAUAAUUGCAAAUGCUCCACAAGGGUAUUUUAUGAGAAUUUGCAAAAAUUUAAUUUUACUAUUAGGGACGUUGCACUAUUGUGGGAUGCUGCUUCUGUUUGUGGCAAGAGUAGAAAUAGACUGUGGAAAUCAAGGGACUUGGCUUCAGCCUUGGAUUGACGGUGGGGCGGAAAAUUAUGAAAUUUAUACAGAUGCAGUGUUUUGGGCGACUGCCACCUUGUCAACUAUAGCUUAUAUACCAAUUAUAAUUAAUAAAUGCAUAUAUACUGAUAACUAUUAUCCUAUUUUCAUAUAUAAAACAGGAUAAUGACUAAUCAGUAUAAAUAUUUUUAUUCAUUGCCAAAGUGUAAUGACACAACUCCAUUCACACUAGCAGAAAAAUACGCGUCUUCUUUUAUUAUGGUUGUUGGGGCUUCUAUGUGUGCUUGGAUAUCUGGGAACAUCGUUUUUAUUUUGAUUACUUUAAAUCUCAAAGAAUUCGAGGCACAAGAGAGACUGGAAAGGGUCAAAAAAUGAUGCAAACUUAGGCAGCUGAGCCCAAGACUGAAGGAUCGAGUUUUGGCUUAUUACUGGUCAAUUAGAAGCCGCUUUUCUUACCUAAUUGACGUAGAUUUCUUCGUAUCUUCACACGACGACUAUUUCAUAACGACUUUUUUUUUUAACCUAUUUUUUUUUGGCCUAUUUUUUUUUGGCUUAUUUUUUUUUCAUCUACAAUAUUUAGGCAUAAUUCUAUACUAAUUAUUUUAAUCUAAUUUUUAAUGUGUUUUAAACGAUUUAACCAACAAAAAAAAUGCAUCCUUAACAGAUUUCUUACUCAAUGAAUACUAAUUCAUUGCUUUUAAAAUUUCGAGAAUUUUAGAUUUAAUUAGAAGUUUUCCACUUAAUUUACUCAAUAUUAAUUGCGUAAGGAAAAGUCUCUGUUUCUCAAUAAGGUUUUAGUAUUCUCAGCAGCUUUAUCAAUAAGGCCAGGUAAAAAAAAUAGGCCAAAAAAAAAUAGGCCAAAAAAAAAUAGGCCAAAAAAAAAUAGGCAAAAAAAAAUAGGCCAAAAAAAAAUAGGCCAAAAAAAAAUAGGCCAAAAAAAAAAAUAGGUCAAAAAAAAAAUAGGCCAAAAAAAAUAGGCCAAAAAAAAGUCGUUAUGAAAUAGUCGUCGUGUGAAGUAACCAGAUUUCUUAGAAGACUUGCCAUGUUCUCUUAAAAACGAAAUUUCUGAAGCUAUGCAUGAAGACCUUAUACCUAAAAUAAAAUUAUUCUCAUCAGCUCAUCCUGGAUUUGUGCUAGCAAUGACUGAGUGCUUAACACUGCAGAUUUUUAUGAAAGGAGACUAUAUCAUAAGGCAAGCUGAUGUGCCAGAUGAUUUUUUCUUUAUAAAGACAGGCAUCGUUGAAGUAAUUGCAGCUGACUCUAAUAAAACAAUUGCUUAUUUACAUGAAGGCGAUUAUUUCGGAGAAAUUGGGAUUCUAUUGGAUAUGCUGAGAACUGUAUCUGUAAAAGCUUAUACUGCAGCGAUGGUAUCAUCUAUAUGCAAACAAGAUCUUUGUAAAAUACUCAAUGAGUUCCCAGAAUACCAAGAUUAUUUAAUAAGGGUUGCACGCCAAAGACUGGAGACUACAAAAGUUGAAGAUUUGGAUUUCGGAGAUGAAAACCAGAUUGAAGACCCAAGCCCAGAAUCUCCUGGCAAAUCACGUAUUGAAGAAGAAAGUCCUCAAAAUCAGAAAAUUUCUUGUGAGAGAAAUUGAAUUGGAUGAUUCUUUUCUGCGAGAAAUAAUGAUCAGUAUGAAGGAUUUUUAAUUGAUGCGUUUUCUCCUUGCUUUUAUGCGUGAAGCUUACUACUAUAUUUAAGUUUUGCAUUUUAUCUGUUUUAUAUCCCCUUUGCUAUCGCAUUUCAAUACCAUGCAGAUGGAAUAUGGCUCCCAAUAGAUAUUAUUGCUUAUAUUGUAUAUUUAGUUGAUAUACCUAUUCACUUAUACACCUCAAUAUAUACAGAACUAGGAACAUAUAUAGAAGAUAUUCCGUCUAUUAGGAAAUAUUAUGUCAAUAAAUUUUUAUGGUGAGAUUUGGUUUCUCUUGUUCCAAUAGAUUUUAUCUGUACAGGUUUAGGAUCAGCUCAAUAUGUGCCUGCCUUUUUUAGGAUUCUGAGACUCUUCAAAGUAAAACGAAUCCUUAAGCUUUCCCAAAGUUUUUUAUCCCACUCUCAUGCAUCCUUGUCGUAUUCUAGACUGCUGCUUCUUUUUAUUGUUACAAUUUACUACAGCCAUUUUAUUGCAUGCAUCUCUUAUUAUUUAGGGAAGCUGCAAUACUGGGCUAAUCCUGACGCAAGAUUUAAUGAUCAAAACUUUAUUAGCCAGUUUCCACUAAAUAAUUAUUAUGAACCUGGAAAAAUAAUUACAGAUAUUCCUAUUUACGAUCAAUUAAUAUGUUUACGUUUAUGGAAUAGGGGCUCUGAGGCGUAUUAUAUGAUGCAGGCAGAUUGAGAUGGAUAGCGAAAUGACACAUCAAAGGAAAGUAUGCUGAAAUAGGAGUUUUGGUUCUCACCCGAAUUGCUGUCCAGAUGGGCUCGACAGGUUUUGCCUUCCACUAUUUUUUUCUUAUUAGGACUAUCGGAAACAUGGAACAGGAUGGCUCUGACCAGGGACCGAAUUUAUGAUCAGAUGGGCUAUAACAGUAAAUUCAAGAAGAUGGAAUUUGCUGAGCAGUGCAGCAUACGCCCGAUUGUAUAUGCACUCAAUACAGGCCACCUUUACUGGAGAUGAAAUAGCGCGUCAGCUGCUUAUAACCUUAGUGAUUCUUAAUCUAAUCUAUUUACGAUCAAUACGUUAAUUUACUGUAUUUCGGAUAUUCAAUAAGCACAUCUGGAGCAUAUGGAGAUGUACCAGUGCCUACUGUUGCAGAAAAAUGUUUGAAUAUCAUGUUUAUGGUAUUUUCUAUGAUUUUAGCAGCAUUUAUUAUUGGUGAGGCUGCAAGUCUUGCCUCAAAUUAUUAUAAAACCUACACUGAGCACACCAAGAAGCUGAAGACUGUCAAAAGCUGAAUGAACCAUAGUAAGCUUUCAAAAGAACUAAAGAAAAGGGUGCUUGAUUAUUAUGAAUUACUCUGAAGCAAGCUCCAAGGCUGUGACGACGAAGAAAUCAUGCAGGACUUUCCAGAAACCUUAAGAACUGACAUAAAGUAUUAUUUAUUUUCUGGCUUGAUAAAGUCAGGCUUUUUCCCAGAAGAAGAAAAAGGAGCCAUUCUAGCUAUAGUAAAAAAAUUCAAGCUUUUAAUGGCAUGUAAAGAUGAGCAAAUAAUAGCUGAAGGCGAACUUGGUCUCCAAAUGUAUUUUAUUCUUGAUGGAGAAGUCCAAAUCAUUUCAUCUGGGAUUGUGCUAAAUACUUUGACCAAAGGCACUGUUUUUGGAGAAAUGGCCCUUUUAAGUAAUUUUUCUUCUGCAAGGAGAGCGACAGUGAGGGCAAGUACAGAUCUGACUAUUGCUGUCCUUUUAAAGCAUGAUUUUAAUUUCGUCAUGGAGACUUAUCCAGAGUUCUCUAUUAAGGUGAGAAAAUUGGCUGACGAAAGAGAAAACAUGAGCAGGAUGAUCAUUCAAAAAAGGAAAAGCCUGGAGUUCCCGAAUAAUCUCAAAGAUGAAGAAGCAGUCAUUAAUAAUUUAAAAGAAGAAGCAAAGUCUGAGCUAGCUGAAAACGAAACAAUGAUGACUUCCAGAGAAGUCCAAAGCUUUCCACCAGGCGAAAUUAUUGUCAAGAGGCUAAAUAUCAGCCUUAGUUUUCUCAAUCUCUAUAGUUCUCCUGCCAAACAUUAUAUAUAUUUCAUCUUGAACUUAUAUAAUUUCAUUUUUACUCCUCUCCAAAUUGCAUUUGAAUAUGAAUAUAGUCCAGCUUUGCUGGCUUUAGAAAUUUUAUCUAUUUUGCUGUAUCUUCUCAAUAGCCUUUACUAUCUGGAGCUUCGCCGUGCUCUCACAUCUAUUCCAGCUUUACCAAAAGAAAAGAGAUUCCAAUUUUCCAACCCCAGCAGAGCUUUCAAUAAGUUUAUCCACAAUUUAAUACUGGCUAUUCCCUUUGCCCUAAUUUUUAAAUCUAGUGAUCUUACGGAGCCAAGGGAACUUGUAGCUAUAUUUUCAACAAUUAGACUGACAGGAUUUUAUUACAUCGCAGGUUUCUUUUUUUAUAUGAAAAAGAAGCAUUUCAAAAUUUUCACUUAUCUUCGAGUAUUUGAAGUAAUGGUGGUUUAUGUAAUGGUAAAUCAUUUUUGUGGAUCUUAUUUCAUAGAAUGUGCUAAAAGAGAAGAUGUAAUGCACUCAUGAUUAUCAAGAGUCCCAUCUCCUCAACCUGAACAAUAUAGGACUAACAGCUCUGAACCCCUUACUAGGGAUACAGUCUAUACACACGCAUUUCAUUGGUCAUCAAUUGUGGUUUCGCAUGCUGGGUAUGGAUGGGUCGUCAGCAAUUCGCCUUCUGAGAAAGCAUAUAACUGCUUUGUCUUUUUAAUAGGACUUUUUGCUUACUCAAUUUUGUUUGGGAGCAUAACUUCACUUGUGGCAGAACUCUGUUCCUCUGAUCCAAAAUUUACAUUCGAAAAUAGCUAUUGGUAUGUUAAAGAUUUUAUUGAUAAAAAGCAGCUAGGCAGUAUUUUUAUGGGAAAAAUAAAUGAUUAUUUUGACUACUUAUGGAGAUCAAGCAAAGGAAUUUAUGAUGAAAAUAUCUUAAAAGAGCUUCCUCCAUCCUUGAUGUCAGAUAUUCAGUUUUAUAGAUAUUCUGAAGCUGUUAAGAAUGCUAAUAUCUUUAAAAAUCAAGAUGGGAGCAUUAAUGAGCCUUUGGCAAAAUCAAUCCUCAGGCUUCUGAAAGUCGAAAUUUAUUUGGCGGGGGACCCUGUUAUUGACGCAGGAGAAAAAAGGAAUGAUUUAUUGAUCAUUCUUGAUGGAGAAGUGCGUGUUAUCGAUUUUAAAGGUAAAAAGACAGUAGAAAUCCUCUAUCCUGGGGAUCAUUUUGGAGAGAUUCCAACAAUGGUAGAUCUAAUAAAAUCUAGUCCAACUUAUAUAAUUGCAGCAAAAGUAUCUAAAAUAGGAAUUUUAGAAGAAAAAUGCAUCAAGGACCUAACUCCCCCCCCCUUUAAAUUGGAACAAAAUAUAGGUAAAAUUUCCACUUUUUUGGCAAAUUAACCCCCCUUAAAUUGGAACAAAAUUUAAUUUUAUAAUAAAAAAUUUUAUAUAUAUAUCAUAAUUUUUAUGUAAAAAGUUUUGAUAUAAUUUAAAUGUUUCUUUUUAAAUAAAAUUAAAAAUUUAGUUAUAUCCUGCUCUUCUUGUUUAAAGAAUAGAGUAUAAAGAGCAUCUUAUUUAAAUAAAUUUAUUAUCCUUAAUUGUAAAUUUUUAAAAAAAAUUUAAUUAUUUUUGUUUUUUAAAAAAUUGUCAAAAUAAAUUUUAUUUUUUAUGAUAAAAAUGAUAUUUUUUUUAUUUAAAUAGCUUUGAUAUAAAUUCAAUAAGAAUUCUUUACAAAAAUUCAAAAUUUACUUAUCUCUUGCUUUAUUUUAAAGAAUAGAGUAUAAAUAACAUCUAUUUAAACAACAAAAUUAGCACUUUGAUUAAUAAAUUUUCUAAAAUUUUUUUUUUAAAUUUUUUUUAUCAAUAAAAAUAAUAAUUUUUUGUGUAAAUAGUUUUGAUACCAAUUAAUAGUGGCGUAUUAAUUAAUAAUAAAAUUUUAGUUAUAUCUUGCUUUUUUUUAAAGGAUAAAGAGUAAAUAGCAUUUUAUUAAACAAAUUUAUUAAUCUAAUUCGAUAAAUUUUUGAAUUUUUUUUGUAUAAAAAAUUUUUAUAAUGAUUUUUUUUUUUUAAAAAAAUUUUUAUUAACCCCCCUUUAAAUUGGAACACAAAAUUUUUAGUUCCAAUUUAAGGGGGGGGGAGUAAGAGAAGCUUAUCCAGAGUGAUACAGCAGCAUAACUGAGCUCGCAAAAAAUAGGCUAAUAGCCACUUUUUCUUCAGACACUUUAGAUGAAGCCAUUAAUUCUUUUGAAAAAAUAAACUCAAAGAUUCAUAACUGUCCAGAAAUCUCAAAAAAAUACUACGCUAAUAUCCAGAAGCUGCUGGAAGCAAUUAUAUCUGAAGAACUUCUAAAGCUAUCAUCUAAUGCAUGAUACUCUGUUACAUUUCUAUAUAUGUUUUUUCUUACCUACAUUCUUUUUGAGUUGCCCUUAGAAAUUGGGUUUGAAAUGGAGUACAAUUGAUUUCUAUUUGGAAUAGAAAUUAUUAGCCUAUUGGUCUCUGCAGCUUUUAUUUUUGUUAACUUCAAGAAUUAUUUUUUUUGAAGUGGGACAGAUAAAGUUUACAAAGAAUCUUCUCUUUGCUUUGCUUUAGAUAUCUUUUCAUUAUCGCCAUUCAAUAUAAUUUUUGCGAGUGAGCAGAUUGAAGAUCCUAUAGUGUUAAUUACCCUCUUAAGGCUGCUGAGGCUUGUGGCUACUUUUAGACUUAUAGCAUUGUUUGCUAAAAUAAGAAAUCGGUUGAGACAGUUUUCAGCCCAAUUGAAAUUUUUGGAAACCAUGAUUUGUGUAUUGGCCUUAAUUCAUUUUAUGAGCUGUUCAUUUUUCUAUUAUAGCCUUAAUGAAAGAUACUCUUCAUGGGUGAAAGAUAAUGAUCUUCAAGAUUCAGAAACUGGGAACCAGUAUAGUUGAGCGCUUUUCCAUGUGCUGAAUAUUCUCACUUGCACUGGAUAUGGUGGAUUCAUGCUUGAGGCAAACGAUUCUGAAAGAAUUUGAACCAUUUUUUUUAUUUUCUUCGGAGAUAUGAUGAACGCUGUCAUUUUUGGGCUGAUGGCAACUGCGGUUGCCACUCCUCAAUCUGACUUGAAGUAUUAUAUAGAAAAACUGAAAUCUCCAAUGUGUGUAGCUAGCUCUUCAGAAAAGUUCCAUAGUUUAAUAAAGAAAUUGGAAUCUUAUCAUGCAUUUACAACGUCUUUGAAUGUUGUCUAUGGGUCUGUUGACUAUAGAAAUCUCUUUUUAUACCUGCCUCGAAACAUUUCAAAGUCCAUAAUUUUCGAAUGCAGUCGAUCUAUUCUUGAAAAAGUCCCAUAUUUUCAGUUUGAAGAUUCACGAAAGUUUUUUGAGCAGAUUUCAAUAUAUUUAAAGCCCAAGUUUUUCUUGCCAAAAGACUAUAUUAUUCAUAAAGAAAAAUCAUGUGAUGAAAUUUUCUUUAUUAUUGAAGGAUCAAUUGCUUUGAUAUCUGCCAAUGGCAAAACGAUCUUGAAAACCCUCAGAAAAGGAUCUCUUAUUGGCGAUUUGGAAUUUUUAACGUCAGUGAAGUCGACAUUUUCAGUUAUUGCAAAAAGCAUGUGCUAUACUUAUUCUUUAGACAAAAAAGAUUUAAUGAAGUCAUUUGAAAAAUACCCUGAUGUCUUUGAAGAAAUAGAGAAGAGAAUUGUCAAGCAUGAUGGCCUGCCAAUUGACAUUGCAAAUCAAGACUCUGCAAACGAUGAUGAGUUGAUCAAGCUAAGAAGCGCUGAUUUGAGGAAUGUUCUUGGGGUGCAGGUCAAAUGACUUUGCCUUUUUGAUAGUGUCGAUUUCAUCGAAAAAUUUUUGGCAAAAAAUUUUCGACCAAAUAGAUUUCGAUGAAAUGUACACUGUCAAAAAUCCACAGUCAUUUUGUCAUGGAGCCAUGUUCUUGAUAUUCAGACUGGGAUUACCGAAUUUGAUUUUAGUAAUAAAGGGAGAAGGGAAUCUUUGAAUAAGAGAAGAAAAAAUCUUAUUGCAAGAUCGGGCUCUAAUUUGGGGGAGAGAAAGCAAAGCAUUUCUAAGAGUAUGCCAGAAAGGCGGUUGAGCAGAGAGUAUGCUCCAAUUUUAGAUGUUUCUUUUAAGAGCACAGCUCAAAACCAAGAAAGUUAUUAA